UUGUGCAGUUGUUAAGAGCUUGGCCGCUAACCAAAAGUUGGCAGUUCAAAUCCACCAAACACUUCUUGGAAAUCCUAUGGGGCAGUUUUACUCUAACCUGUGGGUCACUAUGAGUCAGGAUUGACUCAAAGGCAACAGGUCAAAUUUAUACACACAAAUACAUACAUGUGCUACAUGCACACACAUGCUUACAUACCUUCACAUAAACUUAAAACAAGGAUAAUUUCAAGAUAAUUUCACCAUGCUAUAACAAUGUCUAUUUUUUUUUUUUCCAAUUAUCCUGCAACAUUUUAUGCAGUUCUGGAAAAUCCAAGACAUUUCCUUAAUUGUGGAAAAUUGAAAUAUUUUCUGCUGAGGAUCCUGAGCAGUGCAAACAUAUCUAAGAAAUUUGGGGGAGAACAUGUAGAAAAAGGAAAACAUAUUUGUUCAUCAUUUCAGUAAAGGAAUUUAGCUCUUGUAUAUUCAGAAUGGGAACCCUGGUGGCAUAGUGAGCUGCAGCUGCUAACCAAAAGGUCAGCAGUUUGAAUCCACUAGGUGCUCCUUGGAAACCCUGUGGGGCAGUUCUACUCUGUCCUUUAGGGUUGCUAUGAGUUGGAAUCGACUCAACGCCAAUGGGUUUGGGUUUAUAUAUAUAGAGAGAGAUAUUCAGAAUAUAUUCCAAAGCGACUACAUCUCCCUUCCAGACACCCAAGGCACUGCAAAUGGUAUAACCCUCCUUUCUCUACGUCAACUCACAGAAAAGCUUAUUAAAGUUCAAAAUUCAAACCGAAAAAUUCACUGAUGUCAAGCUGAUUUUGACUCAGAGUGACCCUGUAGGGCAGAGUAAAAAAACCACCCAGUGCCAUUAGUACUACCUUAUAGAGUUUCCAAGGCUGUAUAGUUCUACUCUGUCCUAUAGAGUCGCUAUGAGUCGGAAUCGAUUCGACGGCACUGGGGUUAUGUCUUUAUGGAAGCAGGUUGCCUCUUCUUUCUACUGUAGAGAGGCUAGUAGUUCAAACAGUUAACCUUUCGAUUAGCAGUGGACUGCUUCAAGCACUGCACCACUAGGGUGCUCUUAUUAAUAUAAUUCACUCUAUAUAUUUUAAAAAGAAAUCAAUUUUACAUGUUGGGAUUAGCCUAUACUAGACUGAGGACCUGAAGACAAUUAUUGAUAACAAAAGGAAUAAAGGCACUUUGAGAGUAAAGCUAUGGCAGAAGAGAACAGGUAGAAUACAGAAGAGAUCAGUGAAUGAAAAAGUUAAAAAGUUGUGCUUUCUAUUUUCUCUGUGAAGAAUCAGCAUGUCUGAAAAACUUACCAACAAGACCAUCAUCAUGGAGUUCUUGCUCAUGGGAUUCCCUGGUGACUGGGUGAUACAGACACUCCAUGCAACACUCUUCUUCCUCAUGUACCUGGCAGCACUGACGGGGAACCUCCUUAUCUUCACCCUCACCACCGCAGACCAGCACCUUCAAACCCCCAUGUAUUUCUUCCUGAAGAAUUUGUCCUUGAUUGAUAUCUGCUACAUCUCUGUCACUGUCCCCAAGUCCAUCAUGAACACUCUAACCAACAGGUAUUCCAUCUCCUUCCUAGGAUGCGCCUCACAGCUCUUUCUUGUUAUUUUUUUCUCGGGCACAGAGUUUGCUCUCCUUAUUGUCAUGUCCUAUGACCGCUACGUUGCCAUCUGCCAUCCUCUGCACUAUGAGACCAUUAUGAAUAGAGGUGCCUGUGUGCAGAUGGUGACUGCAUCAUGGCUCGGUGGGUGUGCCUAUGGAUCCAUUCAUGUGGCAGGUACAUUCUCUGUCAAUUUCUGUGGGUCCAACGUAGUGCACCAGUUCUUCUGUGAUGUUCCAUCAUUGCUUACGCUUGCUUGUUCUGGGGAGCAUAUUUUAGAAUAUGCAUUUAUCAUUGCUAGCUGCUGUUUUGUUUUUGUCUGUUUUAUUUUAAUGGUUGUAUCUUAUGUUCACAUUUUUUCCACCAUUCUCAGAAUCUCAUCUGCAAAGGGCAGAGUGAAAACUUUCUCCACUUGCAUGCCCCACCUCACUGUGGUAACAUUGUACUUCUUUUCAGGAAUUAUCACAUAUUUAGCAAAAAAUUUCAAACCUCCAUCUUCACUAAAAGUGUUGAUAUCUGCGCUUUACACUGUGUUACCACCCACUCUUAAUCCUCUCAUCUAUAGCCUGAGAAACAAGGACAUACAGAUGGCCCUAGAAAAAUUGAUAGGUGGCAAAAUAUCGAGAAUAUUUUCUUGAUUAACAUAUGCAAAAAUAAUUUAAAUGUAUGAUUUGGCUGAGAAAAACUGUUUCAAAAUGAAGAGAUACUUUAUUCUCCUACUGCUAGUCUACAGAACGUGACAAUAUGUUGUCUAACAGAAUAUCACGUCAAAAUUUUAUUAUGUCAUUUGUUGUGUAGUGAAUGAGUAGCUUGGAAACUUUCAAUUUAAUGGCUCUCUUUCCUGUAUUGAUUUCAGGGGGCAAAUUCUGAAUGUCUUACAUUCAUUGUCAGGGUUUCCAAACAUCCUGCAAUUUUGCAACCUUCUGGAGGGUAGUCAUGCAAAAUAGUAUGUUUAACUAUAAGUCCUGGAAUACAGUUUAUUUUUAAAGUGUCCAUAGUUAAAAUAAAGAUGCAGGACUCUUUAUAACCUGUCUUUAGGAGUUCUAUUUAUUUGUGCUAAUUAAAUAUUUAAUUGUGGGAUUCAUAGCAGAAUCAU